AUGAAUACUGCUGGAUCUGUUGCAUAUGGAUGGGGUGCACUCAUAGUAGCUGCUGGAGUAUCAUAUUAUUACGCUAAGAAAGAUAUCGAUGCUAAGAGGAAGGAUGCCACGGCGAGAGGAAAUAGACCGUUGGAGAAAUUGACGUGGGAAGAGAAAAUUAACCGAGAACAACAAGCGGAUAAAGUGUAUAAACCAGUUCAAGAUAGUAUACCGAAAGAAGCAUUCAAACCGCCUACAAAGUGA